GUCCUCUGGGGAGAGGGAAGAAAUCCGGCUUGUGGCCUCUGGCAUAGUUCCGAAAGAUAUAAUUUCUUGGAUCACUUCAAAUUUGUCAUUCUUGAAUACCAGCCUGAACCCUAAGGACUCACACGCUCUGUCGCUUAGGUCAAGUUUGUACUGAGGGAAGUUGAACACAGACCACAUUCAGAGAUAGUCUACGAUGGGAUCUUGUCCAAGUAAAAGUGCCGGGAAAACAGAGUCUGAGCCUGACAGUGAUGACCCGAUAAUUAAGCUUAACACGCUCGGUGAACAAAACAGCACAGUGGACCUGGGUACCAACGCAACACCCGACGACACCGACAAGGACACACCAACACCCGAGGAGGGGGCGGACACCAAACCGGACACCAACAGUGUCAAAGAAAACACCACAGAUAGUCUGCUAGAGGCAGUGCUAAAUGCUUCACCCGGCAUAGCAAAGGAAAACAAUCCAACACUGACUGAAACAUCAGGAGAUAUACCACCACCCCCAAGCCCACUACCCGUGGAAGUAGACACACCACCACCACCGGCCCCUCCACCCGUUGAUUUGGACGUGAAUAUACCACCACCCCCGGCCCCUCCACCCGUUGAUUUGGACGUGAAUAUACCACCACCCCCAGGUCCUCCACCGCCCUUAGUAGCCGGACCAUCAACUCCAAGCUCAUCCUCGGACAUCAUACCUCCGCCCCCUAGUCCUCCACCCAUCGCAAUAGCAAAUGUGCCAGCACCUCCAAGUCCGCCGCCCGUAGAUAAUGUGCCCCCUCCGCCAAGUCCACCCAAGAUCCAAGACGUAAAUGACAAGCCAGAGAGCGCUGACCCUGCUAACGCCCAAAUCUCUGAACCAAAUGAAACAGUCGUCAAAUCGGACACCACGGUGCAAAUCCAACCUCAUGCAGAUCCUAAAGAAAUCACUAUUACGAUACAUGAAACAGCCGCAGGUUCUUCUCCAUCUGCCCCAAAGAUGUCAACGUUUGGCCAUCCAGUCACAGCAACUGGUACCGACACUACCGUGAAUGCAGCGAACGGCAGUAACAUACCUCAUGAAACAGUCGUGACAGUGGUUUCUACUGCCCCCAAGUUAUCAACCUUCGGCACUCCGAUACUUGCAACAGAUACCGAACCCUCACCCAAUGCUAACAACACAGCUGAACAAUCCAAACCAGACGACAAACAAUCCAGUGACGUUACCAUUACGUCACAAAGCCCUGACUCAAAAACCGAGGAUACCGUCAGUCUUUCGAAACAGAACGGAAAGAGCUCGACCCCAGACGUUCAAGUCGAUGCGAGAACCCACGACGACGGGAAGGAGGUUGAAAUCAAAUUGACUCUGGAGGACAUACCCCCGCCUCUCCUUAUGUCUGACGAUACAGUUGAGUGCAAUAGUCUGGAGUCGGGCGACGAUAUGAAGAAACGCCUAUUCGGUACGGAGUUCGACCCGGAGAAAGAUGGCAGUAAGAAGGGGAGCAUGGUGCGAUUCUACGUACUGAUGAUAAUGGCAACAGCCACGUUCACGCUUGUCUCAGUGGUCAUAGCUCUGAUAUUGUUCAUCAACCUCGCAGAUCUUAAUACAAUACUAGGGGUUAGAGCUGGAAAUGGCCCUACAGGACCCUCGACAGUAACAGAAAUUGUAAAAAUAGAAGGUGAAAUAAGAAUCCGAGGCCUAAGCCUUUCAUCUCUACAACCAUGGACCAAUACAACACUCAAAGAGCAUGUUACUAAUGUGACAACGGACGCUUUCAUGAACAGCUCGUACAGCGGUCUUUAUGAACAGACAACUAUUACAGAACUGGGGCAAGGUAGCAUCAUAGUGUCAUUCACAGUGCAACUGAAGCCUCUCGUAAGACCCAGCACUUCCACUGAUCUGCAAGAUGGAGAUAUGUAUUGUAGGUAUAAGGCAGCCACCUCACACCUUGAGAAAGCACUUAAUACUAUGAAGAUCAAUGGCAGCAGUGACGUCACUGUUGUGGAGCUGGAUCUCUAUGUAGGAGGUAGGUUGUUUUUUGGCGCUAGUCCGACAACUGAAAAUCCACAUCAGCCCGGCACUACGACAACUGACGCACCGCAACAGUCUGGCAGCUUGACAACUCGUCCAAUGCAGCUCCCAUCCCCCACCAAAGUUCCACCAACUGUCACUCUCCACCAACCACCAUCAACAACGACAACAACAGAAACAUCCACAACAAGCCGGCGAACAUCCACAACCACAACCAAAAGUUCUCUAUCUACUUCAUCGACUACUUCGGUAGUUGAUAUUGGGAGCGGCCAAGCCACAACCUUGAAUGAUGUGACAAUGGAGAUGGACACACCAACAGGUGAUGGCAGCCAACAACCAAUGACAGAAGAAGCUCCAACAACAAUGAGCCAAUCAGAUGCUCCAAUGCGAACUGAAAUGGUCACGACCCAGGAAUCUCCAACAACAAUGAGCCAAUCAACAACUCCAAUGCAAACUGAAAUGGUCACGACCGAGGAAGCUCGUACAACGCCGAUGGGCCAAUCAACAACUCCAAUGCAAUUAGAUACGGCCACGACCGAGGAAGCUUCAUCAGCAACGAUGAACCAAUCAGCAACCCCUACUGAAAGUAGGAGACACAGGCGCGAAACGCGGACUUUACUUGAGUUCACUACAAACCAGUUCACCAAGGAACCAUCUACCAAUAAGUUGAUAACAAGAUUUACGGUUGACUUAUCAAACCCGGUUUGCUCUCAACACCCACUGCAUACAUGCGUGCAGGCAGGCUGGUCCCAGAACACCACUAGGACCCCAAAUCGCUUCCACCUUUGGAGUGAUACCAACCAACUCGAGGAGGUGUACACCGCUCUGAUGCAGGAUGUGGAUGUGACGUCACAGCACGGCAAGGAACUGCAAAGGGUCACUUGUAGUCUGUUGGCGCCCUCGUGCGACGAUGGUCUGCUAGGUCGUAACCUGCCCUGCAGAUCAGCGUGUGUCAACCUUGUCCAUGAACUGAAGGAUCCCACUAAGGCAGAAGCGUUGGGGGCGCUGUGCAGCACGUCACUAUCAGAAUCGGAGUCAAGAUUCAUCUGUUUCCAGAUAAACGGCCAACAAGGUGACUCCCAGAGUUCUUGCUUAUCGGGUCACUGUCUAAACGGAGGAUCCUGUUUCGAUUUGAAUGGCCAAGCCUACUGCAGGUGCUCAAUGGAGUUCGGAGGAGAUCGUUGUCAAAUCGAUCCGUGUACGCCCAAUCCUUGCGCCAAUGGCGCCACGUGUAUUGGACGAGCUGAGCUUAUUACGUCAUAUGCGUGCGGAUGCCAAGCUGGUUACCACGGAAAACAUUGCGAACUAAGUGUUGGCGUCUUACCAGCCCCUUCAAUACCAAGUGAACCAGUUCCAUCUACGAUCGUAGUACCGGUAUGUGUUGACGUGCUUCCUUACGGGCAGUUCAUAUCAGACACCAAGGCCCCGGGCUGGGGUAUCGUCAAACCCCUUGCGUCAUGCUCCACAGACGCAAUGCUCAUGUUCUGCGCCAUGGCACAUCCGGAAUUCCAUCCCCAGUCUGCUUUACUUUACCAGCAGCAGAGAGCGCCCUGCAGGGAAGUAUGCCAGAGGGUAUUUUUGGAGUGCGACAUUUUGUUUCAAGCGCUCGAUCGAAAUGUUCCAGGGAUAUGCGAGGGGUUGGGUACCGAUCAUACAGAAGUGGAACAUUUCUGUGCGCAAUACUAGAGGUACCGCAUUGAGCAAGUACGGGUUAGCGACUAGACUUGACUACACCGGCUAUUACUAACCAGAAACCAUAAAGCACCGGGUGAUUGACUAUAUCGAACCAUGCACUGGAGCAUGUGACCUUUUUCGAAACCACGGCUUCGGGUUUGGAUUCGGAUUCAGGCCCCUCCUUUCGUCUGAACCCUGGGCGCGUAUACGCAAAGCAUGCACACUUAUCGAAACAACCGCGGGACAAGCUAGCCUGAGCCGAAGCCCACACCAAAUCCAGUUGUUUCUAAAAGGGCCUGUGGUCAAUUCGAGAGCUACGUCAGUUUCUGGUCAAGUCUCUUUGCAAGAAAUAGAUAUUAUUUUUGACAACACGACCAAGCUGUUUGAAGUCCUUAAUAUUAAAUGGUCUGCUCUUAAUUUAUUUCUCAUUCUUUGCCGUUUUCAUAUAAUAUGGCACGAAGAUAAAUGACAGAAGGCCCUCGUUUAUUCUUUUAGAAAAUUAAAUAAAUCAUUAUUUUGUCAUCAUGGAAAAAAAUGUUCUUAGUUAAGAAUAACAACUUAGAUACGUUCAAUACCAAAUGGUAGCCUAUUGUAUUGCUAUGUACUAACUAAAUGCCAUGCAUAUCAUCAUCUUUACUGCUUUUGCCAUCUGCCAAUUCUAUAUUUCGUAUCGUUCUAUAAGUAGUUGGUUUUACCAGUAGUUUGUGUAGCUUUGUACAUUGAAGAAACUUGAAUAUAAUGAGUCUAGUUGCUCACCCGAACUUGCUCACUGGUUCAUUUGAUUUUUCAGAGAGCGUUGAGGGCGCUGUUACACUACGUCGCAAUUUAGUGUAAUUACAUAUUCCUAUUGUCUGAGGGAAUUUUUUUCAAAUUAAAGUAUAUCUUGCCUUUCGCGGGAAGUUAAUGACGCUAUUCAGCGAGUGAUGCGUGUAUUAUUAAUCAGCAUCGUAAGGAUGCAGGCUGACACAAAACAGUACUCAGAGCAAAGAACAAUAGAUAUCCGCUCUAUUGUUUAUUCUUUUAACACUCGUAUAAAGCAGUACGCUCCUUGAGCAAUAUACCUUGUGCUAUUUUAACUGAUCACUCAACCUGUAGGUUUUCAAUCACAUGCAUGUUUGAUUUGGGCUCAACGAGAGUACCUGUUUGGGACUCACGCUUGUAAGUGUUGCUUCUUAGUGAGCUCCCCUGCAGUAUCAUAGUGUUUUUAUAUCGACCUUGCCAAACUGUAUUAUUAUUAAGUAGGAUUUGAAACUUUGCAUGGUGGGGAUAAUAUAUAGAAGAGUCUUCUCCAGAAGACGA